AUGUCGAUGCAAAGCGGACCAGUUUCUGGUGACUGGGCAGAUGCCCUCAGGCGGAAAUUGCGCGCCGCCGAAGAGAAUCUCGACGCCAGCCAUUUACGGGCGAUCGGGCAACAUGUCGAGCUCAUUAUUAGACAGUCGACGGCGGCAAAGCGACAGCUUUCCGAGGAAAGGGCGGCCCUCGAAAGGGAUAGGGCCGACGUGGCCCGUGAGAGACUCGAGCUAACCGAUAAGGAGGCGUCUCUGGCGGAGAGAGAGAGUACGCUGGCCGGGGAAAGGUCCAUGUUUGAGUCUGCGUGGUCCGACCCGAACCGCAACCAUCUCUACGGCAAAGUCGAGCAGUUGAAGGACGCUUACACACGCGGCCAAGGCACCAUAGAUGCCGGGCUAAGGGCGGUCUCUCAGGCCCGGGAGACCAUCGAGGUGGCGGUCCGAUCGGUGGGCAGCACGAUGGAGGCAGCGGUGAAGAGCAACAUGGCGGAUCUCCGGCUGCACGUGGGGGACUGCUCCGACACGGUCCGUGCCGAGCUAAGGGACAAUGUGGAAAAAAUCCUCCAGGCCGUCAGCAAGCUAGACGAAUGCGUCGCCAGUUGCGCCGACGCGGAGACCGACAAUCCCGUGGUCGACAGGCUGGCCGAAAUUGCCGACAGGCAGCGCCUGGACGGAGAGCUGGCGCGCUCGGCGGAGGAGAAGCUGUCGUCCUCGCUGCGCUCCGGCUUUGCGGACCAGCGCAACGACGCCCAGGCUAUGGCGCGGGACAUUGGCCGGGUCCGCGACUUGGCCGCGAGCGCCGACGAGAAGAUCGCCUCCGCCAGCCGAGCAAUCAAUACGGCGGGCUCGCUCGCCCGGAGCCGCCUCGACAGCGUCUCGGACGCCGUAAAGGAGCAGCACGAUAGCCUCGUGGAGCACGCCAGAAGCCUGGCCGAUCGCGUCGUCCAAGAGGUGCGCCAGGACGUUAGCAACGGGCUGGCCGGCUUCAACCUGACCAUUGAUGAGCUGCGGCGGAAGCUGACUGCAGCCGAGGAGACACAUGCCGACCAGGCGCAAGAGAUUGACGGCCAGGCGCAAGAGAUUGCCGGCCAGGCGCAAGAGAUUUCCGUCCAGGCGCAAGUGAUUGCCGGCCUCAGCGCCGAGCUGGAACGGCACGGUCGGGAGUCGGCUAUGAUAAUCAGGUACAGCUUGCACGGUAAACAGGCGCUCCAGGACAGGGUCGCGCAGUUGGAAUGGCAGCUCGGCCAGAUGGCUGCGGUUGAGGCUGUAAACGAUGAGCUGACCGUACAGCUGGAUCAAGCCCGCCUGGAAAUAUCGGAUAGAGAAGGCGGGGCGGUCCAGGCGGCGGCUCAGCUUGACAGGCUGCAGGUCGAGCUCGACGAAGCCUUGGGUAGGGAGGCCGCAGCCCGCGACCGUGCCAGCCGGGCCGUGGCCGAUGCCGCCCAGAGCGAAGCCGAUGCCGCCCAGGGAAAAGCCGAUUACAGGGACUUGGAAGCCGCCCUAGGCGAGGCGCUCGCCGAUCAGGCCAGUUCGGUCAACGCGAUGCGGCUUCUGCAGGCAGACUUGGACGCGAUGCGGAACCGAGCGGCGGAAGUGUCGCGAGGCCGAGCGCAGGCCGAGGGUCGCGCGGAGCAGGCCGAGGCCGAGCUGGCAAUGUUGCAGGACCGGGUCGCAGAAGCGUCGCGAGGCCGAGCGCGCGCCGAGUGUCGCGCGGAGCGGGCCGAAGCCGAGCUGGCACUGUUGCAGGACCGGCUCGCGGGAGACCGCGCCCUCGUGGUGUAUCGUCCAGGGCAGGCGGCCCAGGCAGCCGACGCCGAAGCUGCUGGAGGGGUAGCAGCAUGGACGUGUCAGCAGCAUAAAAGGGGGCUGCUUGGCGCGCUCCACUGCCUGGCCCGGCGUGCGAAUGAGCUCGAAGCCGCCGCCAACGGGGCUAGCAGUAUCGAGACGGCCGUGGGGCUGCUCACGGAAGCGCUGCAGGGGCGUGCCGAGUCGGCCAUUGCGUCCGCCGCCGAGACGGCCAUUGCGUCCAUCGCCGAGACGGCCAUCGCGUCGGCCGCGGAAUCGCUGCUGCAAGACGAGAUUGCUGGCCUUCGGGACGCCGAAACAAAUGCGCUAAACGAGGCCGACUACCUGGAAAGGGCGCUGACAGUUUGCCAGACGCAUAACAGUGCGUUGGAGCUGAGGGCCGAGCGAUUGCAGAAGCAGCUAUCCGAAAAGGCACGCGAGGAGGCCUUGGCCGUGCAAGAGGCCCGCGAUGCGCAGUACAAGAUGGCCUUUAUCCAGGCGCAAAACAAUGCAUUAGCGUCGAGGAUCGAGCGACAGUCGCAAACAAUACGCUCAGAGACCGUGGCCGCGCAAGAGGCCCGCGAGGCACGAGAUGAGAUGAUUGGCAACCUGGCCAUUCGAGAGGUGCAGAUGAAUCAACUGCUGGCACAGGCGCGCGAAGAAGCCGUGGCCGCGCAAGAGGCCCGCGAGGCACGAGACGAGGCAAAUCGCAACCUGGCCAUCCGAGAGACGCAGAUGAUGCAACUGCAGGAACGGGCGCGCGAAGAGGCCGUGGCCGCGCGAGAGGCCCGCGAGGCCCGCGAGGCACGAGACGAGGCAAAUCGCAACCUGGCCAUCCGAGAGACGCAGGUGAUGCAACUGCAGGAACGGGCGCGCGAAGAGGCCGUGGCCGCGCGAGAAGCCCGCGAGGCACGAGACAAGAUGGGUGACGAGCUGGCGACCUGCCGGGCGCAAAUCAGGGCGUUGGAGUCGAGAAUCGAACAACUGCAACAGAGAUUGUCCGAUAAUACGCCAUCGCCGCCAGGGACGCAGACGUCCAACAAGCGUCCCCGGGUAGAAACGCGGGCCGACGAAAGGCAGGCCGAUCAGAGUCUGAGCAACGAAAAUGAGCUCUCGCGUAUCUACGCGCGCCUAGUCGGGGUGGCGCGCCAGUUAGAUAUAGUGACAGUCUCGGAAGACCCCAAGUUUGAUAUUAGCACAGUCGCCGCUUUUAUCGCGCUAUAUCUGGCGAAUGACUCGAGCGUGACGCGGUUCAUAAGCUUCAUGCGCCACGGCAUGUUUGGCUCCUGGUUCUGCCUGCGGGAGGUGGCUCAGCUGGAGCGACAAAGCCUACACCCGAACCGCCGGCAGCAGUGCUUAUUGCACAAAAGAGAUCGUUGCCUGAUUGUCAAGGUGAUCCAGACAGAAGAGGGCCGCAAGCUGGACUUUUGCUUGCUGGCAUGA